UGAUAAGAUUUUAAUAAGAAAACUAAGUAGCAUGAGAUGUUAAUCGCUUCUCUGCCCGAUUGUGCAAUUAAAAAAAAUCAAUAUGUCAGAACUAAGUGGCUAUUGCUGUGUUCUGAUAAUUGCUCUCGCUCUCGGCGGGCUCGACACUAAAAUAACUGCGCAGGCAAAGCGAGUGCGGGUUGUCGAAUUGACAGACGGAUGGAAGUUAAGGAAUGAAAAUUCGACGAUACAGGUGGCUAUUGCCAACAUACCUUCUGGCGUAUACACGGCUCUUGCUGGCACUUACGGAGAUUUGCUAGAAGGGAGGAAUGAUGUGGAUCUGCGAUGGAUUGCCAGGGAGAACUGGAUCUACACUACGACUUUUGAUGACGAUGAGGUUGGCGCUGACCGGACUGUAAAUCUGACGCUGCACGGCAUUGACACGAUAUCCAAAGUCUGGCUAAAUGACGAGCUACUCGGCCACACAGACAAUAUGUUCGUGCGGUACUCGUACGAUGUGGGUCACCUGUUGCGUACCAAUAAUAACGUACUUACGAUUGAGCUACUGUCCCCGCUGAAGGAGGCGGCACAACUUGCUGAUAUGCUCGAAAAGAAGGGGGAACCAGCGCCUCAAAAUUGCCUAAAAUCUAGCGACAAGUUCGAAUGCGACCAGAACAUGUUGCGCAAAAUGCAAAUGAGCUUUGGGGGCACUUGGAAUCCAGCGGCGCCUUCCUUAGGUAUUUGGAAGCCAGUCACUCUUGAAUACUACGAAGUGGCCAUUCUGCGCGAUGUCGAUGUGGCCAUCCGGCGUACCGAAUCUUAUUGGAUCAUGGACUGCCGCGCUUUUAUUAGCACAGGUUCCCCGGAAUACUUUUACGCAGAGCUUGAGGUAUAUUCCAGCCCACUGCUAGAUAAUGAUAGCCCGUUUGUCGUUCAACAGCAGAAAAUGAGCUACGCUUCACCAAUUAUGGAGUUUAAAGUAAAGAUACCUGUGGAAAACGUCAAACUAUGGUGGCCCAACGGCUACGGCGACCAGGUUCUCUAUCCUGUGAUGUUUAUCCUGAAGACUUAUCGCGAUGCAGAGGGGCCCGGCUUAAUGUCUCGUACUCAAUCGCAAAAGCUGCUCCGAAUUGGUUUCCGUACCAUUGAAUUGGUCGAAGAUGAAGACUCAAAUGGCCAUUCAUUUUACUUUCGUGUGAAUGGCCAGUCCAUUUUUAUGAAAGGCAUCAACUACGUGCCGGCCCACACGUUGCCGGAAUUAUCUGCCGAUACUGAUGCGGUAACUCAUCUGCUGGAAUCCGCGAAAGGUGCUCACAUGAAUAUGAUACGAGUGUGGGGCGGCGGCCUUUACGAAUCAGACUAUUUCUAUGAACUAGCUGAUAGCUUGGGUCUGCUUAUAUGGCAGGACAUGGCCUUUACAUCAGCAACCUAUCCAGUGUACACUGAAUUUGUGGAGCCCAUUCGAAUUGAGACAUCUCAGAAUGCCAGGCGGUUGGCCUAUCAUCCCAGCCUGGCAAUGAUUGUGACAAACAAUGAAGUGGAGUUGUUUCUGGUGAAGAAUCGUUCGGCCUUUGGGGCUGAUGCACAACGCUUGGAGAAAGAGUACAAGCAAUUGUUUAUGGGAACCGUGAAACCUGAGUUGGAUAUCAUCUCAAGGAAUGACUACAGUCCCAGACCUGGUCCUAUGCUGUCUACACCCUCAAAUGGAGUUGAAUUGUCGAGCAAGGAUCUCCCCAUAGAUCCCCAAGAUCCAAGUUGUGGCGAUGUCCAUUUCUGGAGCGACAACAGCAAUGGAUUUGGGCCAGACAUUUACCCACAUGCCCGCUUCAUUAGUGAAUACGGCUAUACUAGCCUCCCCGUGAGGCACUCGUGGGAGCGCACUUUUGGCAAUAGCUUUAAUGGAACCCUAUCCGAUCUUAUUCAACAUCGUCAGCACCAUCCAGAUGGUUUCCAGCCACUGCUGCGCCUCAUCCAAGAUCAGCUGCCAUUUUCGGCCGAAACUUGGGAUAACAACAUCGAUCAGUUAAUCUACUUCAGUCAGGUGGCACAGGCUAUUGCCGUUAAGACGGCGAUGGACUUGUUUCGCAGCUUAAGAGGAGAAAAGCAGACCAUGGGUGCCCUCAUUUGGCAGCUCAAUGAUGUGUGGGUUGCGCCAACCUGGUCGUUCAUCGACUUUUAUGGCAACUAUAAGCUUGUAUACUACUGGGCUAAGGAGUUCCUCAAGCCAACCACCGUCAUUGGCCUCUACGAUCAACCGUCCGAUCUACUUAAUAUAACUAUAUCGCUUGAGGAAUACAAUGAAAAUCCAGAAACAUCGCAGCUAUAUACUGUCUGGGUCUACACAUAUCUAUGGUCAGAUCUGUUUCCAAAAAAGAAGAUAGCACGAGGCAAUUUGAUGAAAUCCAAUGACAUUCUGCCGCUAAGCAUAGCAUUAGAGUCCACACUAUUUGAAGAGCACAACAAAUCAGAAACCUUUUUGAUGAUCGAAUUAGUUGAUGAGUAUGACAUAAUAGUGGCACGCACAUAUUUCUACCCCGUCCCAAUAAAAAACAUUGAGGGCAUCCGAGAUCCACUUUUGAUUAUGGAUUUAUACACAUCCGAAUGUGAUGCGUCCACGUAUACUAAUAGUUUCAGUGUGCGCAUUAAAGUCAGUUAUCCUGCUCUGUUUGUUUAUCUGGAGGUGACAAAUCCGGAUAUCGCUAAGCACACUCACAAAUUUUCCAAGAAUGGCUUCACCCUAACUGAACCGGUGACAGUUGUCCACUUGGAGUUUAUAGGCCUAUCGGAAUGCCUGGAUCUGCAAAAGAAACACAUUGCGAUUACAACCAUGAACCAGUAUUUGAUUUAAAAAUAGAUUUGCAUGUUCACGUAAAUAUUUAACAAAAAAACACAAGAUAUUUUCAUAGAAAAGCAGUAAGACAUACAUACGUAUAAACUAUAUGUCUGUUCUGGUUGAAUGUAUAUUAAAAAGAACAUCUUUAUAUGGACCGA